GAUUAUCAUCACUGCUGUGGUGCUGGUCAAGUUCACUUACUGGGAUUUCGUACUUUAACUUUUUUUAAUGUGGCAUUUGUAUUGUGCACUUGACACCAGCUGCAAUGCCAAAAAAAUAAUACACAAAACCCGUUGUGUAUUUAGAAAUGAUACACUUGGGAAUAUGUUACUGUGGAUUAUUGAAUCUGUUAAAACGAAGAGCCUCAAAAGAACAAUAUAAAUGUGUUGAACCUAUUGAUCAUAUUUUAUAACAUUAACUGUUUUACAUGCAAACCUGCAAGCAAACAAGUCUGAAUAGCAAACGACUGGACUGAAAAGCAGGAAGGGAGUGAACCAUCUCACUUCUCUCAUACUCUUCGGCCUUCACCGUCGAGUCAAACCCGGAAGUGAGACGAGAUAUGACCCGGAUGUGUUACAUGACAACACGAGCCACGUCCGGUGGGAGUUCACCAGUUCCCUCCGCUGGGACCAGAGCAGCCGACACCUCCUUCUGUGCGGGAUAAAGACGCGCAGUGAACCUCUAUUCGCACAUUCCAAUGACACACGGUUAUCUACUUAAAUAAGGACGUCCUUUAAUAAUCAAAUACGAUACUUUAAUUGGACGCCGGCUUUGAAAACCACAUCCCGGAAGUGCCGCCUGUCCGCAGUCGGUCGAAUCGAGCGUCCACCGGGGAGAAGCCGGCCCGGUUAUGGAGCCCGUGCCGUGUCGCGACGGCUUCACCUCCGCCUCUACGCCCGCGGGACGGCGCCGGUAGCCGGCCGGGGGAUCGGCGGCAUGCCGUCAGACGUGGAGUACAGCCCGGUGGGAGAGGGGCUGGGCAUGCGGGACUACUGGCUCUACGUGUGGCUCCGCAGGGCGGCGGUGACCGCGGCUCACGUCACCGGGCUCGGCCUGACCCUCAUCAUCUCCCUGCUGUCCAGACCGGGGACCAGUCUGUUUUCUUGGCAUCCAGUGUGCAUGUCUGUGGCAUACUGCCUGUGUUUGACUGAAGGCGUCCUCCUCUUCUCGGCGGAAGGAUUCCCCUUUUGUAUAAAAUCCCGGAAGUGUAAAGUCCGUCUCCACUGGUGCUGUCAGGCGCUGGUCCUGAUCGCUGCAGCCGCUGGCCUGGGCUUCAUGUUGGCCAGCAAGAGCGUGUCCGAGCUUCCCCACCUGGUCAGCUGGCACAGUUGGUUGGGCAUCGGCACCGUGGCUGCCACCGUUCUCCAGGCCGCUUGCGGAAUCUGCCUGAUCUUCCCUAAACUGCUGCGUCUGUCCUCCUCUCCCCUGAGGCUCAAGUUGAAGCUGUACCACGCCACCUGUGGGCUGGUGGUCUACCUGCUGGCCACGGUGACCGUGGUGUCCGCCAUGUUCUCCGACUGGUUCCAGGCCACGGUGAAAGGGGCGGCCUGGUGGGGCUUCCUCCUGCUGGCCCUCUUCCCCGCUCUGGUGGUGAUGAACCAGAUCACGAAUGCUUACCUGCCCCGCAAGAAGCUCACGAGCUAGAGAGCACACAUCCGCUCUGGUCUGUCGUUGGCCGUUUCGGAUCUGCAGAUACGAUAACUAAAGCAAGUAGCUCCACAUGCUGGCAGCCCCACCGACUAUUAGCAUUCUUCUGCGUACUCCAUGCAAGGUGCCACCUGAUCCUCACUCUACUGAGCAAGAGCAACCUUCAGGGUUCAGCAGCUUCCACUCGUGUGAACUUUUAAGGUCAUUGUAGCAACCAAAGGUACAGUCUGUUGUUAGCAGCAGGACGUGUUUGUAUGAAGAGUUACUGUAAUAUAUUUGAUAAAUUAAUUGAAUAACAUCAUUAAUUGGAUGAAGUCAUUUUAGGGUACAAAAUAGAAACAUGCUGGGCUGUAGGAUUAAUUGAGCAGCGUGAUUUUCUAGUUUGUGCACAAUUUUCAUAGCCGGCUCUCAGUGGCCAGUUAAACAACUGCAGCUUAAAACAUUUAAACGUUGGCGUCUUUGACGCUGAAGAAGAAGAAGAAACAGGCUUUUGUGAACAAUAUGUCAAAUACCAAGUUGUAUAGAGACACGGAGCAGGACAGUAGGACAUUGCUACAAACCACCGCAGGGAGCAGUUGGAGGACAGCUGAACGUCUUUCAUCUCUGGAGGACUAUUUGCACUACUUAGGGUCUCAAAGACGUGAGGACACCGCACCAUGAAGACGCUGUAGAUGAUUCAAUACCAGCCGGUAAAUACGUUAUUUAUUCAUUUAUGAUAUUUUGUGUUGUGUCUGUCUUGGCUGUUUAGAGCUUUUAUUGAUUAUCCUUUGUGUGGUAUUGGUUUCCUCAAUGAGUCCUCAUUUGAUUAUGAAAUGCUCGCAUUGACACCAAUAACCGGUUCUGUAUGAAGCACUACUGGUGUUUGUGAAAGGCUGACAAACGAAGCGAAGAGGUCAUUUGGGAGUCACGCGCUUUGUGUUUUAAUCAAAAGGGGAAAAACGAUUGUUUCUGCAUCGCAAAGGAUGAAAGAUUUCUGUCCAGUGCGCUCGAUGUCUCUGCGAGAUCGGACCUAAAGAUUGUACCAAUAAGUGCAGGUUUCCACUAGUUAUGAGCCAAGGAGAGAUGAAUGAAAAGCAGCUUCGCACUGGACGGACAUUUAAGGGCUUUGGGUUUCUGAGGUCGUCCUGAGACACAGCGGACGUAAUCCUCACUGGUUUCCCCACAACAAGCAUUUUCUUUUUUGUAUUGUUGGUUUUUGGACAGUAAACCAUUUAAACAAACUGCAGCAGAGCAUUUUUCACAAUUGUACAUCAAUGGCUUUGGAGUCCAUUAGAAAUCCUUCGUAUCUCCAGUCAGAGAUGCUGGUCGAUGUUACAGCCGCUCCAGUUCUCCCCCGAACUCGCUUUGACAUUUUGGUUUCUCUUCCCUAAAAUGAGGGUUCGUUUCCUCAUCUGGAUGCUUUGGUUGGAUGUUUCCAACAAUCAGGUUGCACUUCACUGCGAAAGGUGAAGAGAUUCUGUGUGAACUUAAAUUCUUAAAUGUAUUCAGCGUGCUUCUCAGGUCUGUUUGGUCCCAAUUGUUGUAGGUUUGUUUUUGUCUUUGAACCUUCUGCAAUAAACAAAAAAGCUACGUUUGAA